AUGAACAUUUUCUCCUGGCUCGACAACAUUGGUGACGCGGCACCGCAACAGCCGCCGAAGCCCCGGAAACGUAACCUGCAACAACACCAGCAAGUGCCCACGCCGAGCCAGUCGACCGCCGACACGAUCCUCGACGCCAUGUCAUCGUCACCUACCAAGAGACUCCGGACUGAGGACGAUGGCGGCGAGAACCCCAAGGACCAGGAGGACCAGGAGGAUAAGCUGGGCCGAGACGAAGAGCGUACACCACGGCGGUGGGGCUCUGGGCGGUAUUCCGACAACCUUAGCAAGCGAUCCUCAGCGACAUCCCCUUCCAAGCGAUCGUCCCGACUCUCACCCUCCAAGCGCUUGGCCGCACUCGAGGUUGCCACGCAUGAGCCCGUCGUCGUCACGCAGAUCAGGGCCACUGAUCCCCGCAUGCCGACUGAGCUCAUAGCCAUGGUGAAAGCUCUCAGCGGCUUCCAAACGCGGCUGCCCUUCGUGCCCGGCUAUCUGGCCGCCGAAAUCGAGACCCGCGCGAGGAUUGACGCCGAAUUCUCCGACUUCCACCCUUCCAUGUUCCAGCUGGCCGACGAUCCCUUCGUUCCGCAUCUGUCUCUGGACCGGAUCAUGGAAGUGUACGAAGCGGCCACCGAGUGCUGCAACGAAGGACACGCCGAGGCGACGUGGAAUACCCUCAUUCACUGGCCGGUUUUCGAACUGGCCCUGGGCGUCAUUAGGGGCGAAACACUGGAACGGACCUCGAUGCCGGCAGAUGGGGCCCAGCGCCGAGACCACCCGGUCCGCGUUCGCGCUAUGCCCUGCACGACGGCGAGACUGAAGGACCAUCAACAGGGCGCGAAGAUGGUGGAUUUCUCUCUCUUCAUCGAGCCGCAGGGGCUGGAUGCCGACAAGAUCAACGAGCUACGGCAGAGACUGCUCUACAUCAACCACACCGACUACCACCCGCUGCGACGCCGGCCGAUCAUGCUCAGUGCCGAGUCUAAGAGACCUGGUGAGGGGUACCAAGAGGCGCAGGUACAGCUGGGCGUCUGGCAGGCCGCGCAGUGGACUCUCCUCGAGAACCUACUGUCGUCGCAAUCUGCGACGACAAGACUGGGCCUGAUUCCCUUUCUUCCAGCCUUAAUCAUCCAGGGGCACGAGUGGUCGUUCGCUGCGACCACAAGGUCGGGCAGGCAGACGGUGCUGUGGGCGAAGAAGGUGAUAGGGGGGACAGAUACUAUUGUCGGCAUGUUCCAGAUAAUCCACGCCUUGCGGCAUAUAGCUGCGUGGGGACGGGACACAUAUUGGCCUUGGUACAGACGCGCCAUCUUGCAGAUGGGGGAGGAAGAUUUAAUAGUAGCAGAAGCGAUUCAUACCCCUUGA